UGGGGGUGGGACUCGGGUCUCCGUGGCGGGUAGCGAGCCAUCGGCUUAGGUCUGAGGAGGUGAUGGCGGCACGCGUGUGGAAGCUACUGACCACACUGCUGGCCGUCGCCGCCGCCGCCGCCUCCCGAGCCCAUGCCGAAUCCGAGGCGGAGUGGGACAUGUUGGCGCCGGAUCUGCUCUUCGCCGAGGGGGCCGCGGCCUACGCGCGCGGGGACUGGCCCGGGGUGGUGCUGAGCAUGGAGCGGGCGCUGCGCUCGCGGGCCGCCCUGCGCGCCCUCCGCCUGCGCUGCCGCACCCGGUGCGCCGCCGACUUCCCGUGGGAGCUGGACUCCGAGUCGCCCCCGAGCCUGACCCAGGCCUCGGGCGCUGCCCUGCACGACCUGCGCUUCUUCGGGCGCCUGCUGCGCCGCGCUGCCUGCCUGCGCCGCUGCCUGGGGCCGCCGGGCGCCCACUCGCUCAGCGAAGAGCUGGAGCUGGAGUUCCACAAGCGGAGUCCCUACAACUACCUGCAGGUCGCCUACUUCAAGAUAAACAAGUUGGAGAAAGCCGUAGCAGCAGCGCACACCUUCUUCGUGGGCAAUCCUGAGCACAUGGAGAUGCGGCAGAACCUGGACUAUUACCAGACCAUGUCGGGGGUGAAGGAGGCUGACUUCAAGGAUCUUGAGGCCAAACCUCAUAUGGACCAGUUCCGGCUGGGGGUGCGCCUCUACUCAGAGGAGCAGCCGCUGGAAGCCGUGCCCCACCUGGAGGCGGCGCUGCAGCUGUACUUUGUGGCGGAGGAGGAGUGCCGGGCCCUCUGCGAAGGACCCUACGACUAUGACGGCUACAACUACCUGGAGUACAACGCCGACCUCUUCCAGGCCAUCACAGAUCAUUACAUCCAGGUCCUCAGCUGCAAGCAGAACUGUGUCACGGAGCUGGCUUCCCACCCAAGUCGAGAGAAGCCCUUCGAAGACUUCCUCCCGUCACAUUAUAAUUAUCUGCAGUUUGCCUACUAUAACAUUGGGAAUCAUACUCAGGCUAUUGAAUGUGCAAAGACCUACCUCCUCUUCUUCCCCAACGAUGAGGUGAUGAACCAGAACCUGGCCUACUAUACCGCCAUGCUUGGAGAAGAGCAAGCCAGGUCCAUUGGCCCCCGAGAGAGCGCCCAGGAGUACCGACAGCGAAGCCUGCUGGAGAAAGAACUGCUUUUCUUUGCUUAUGAUGUGUUUGGAAUUCCCUUUGUUGAUCCGGACUCGUGGACUCCAGAAGAGGUGAUUCCCAAGAGAUUACAAGAGAAACAGAAGUCAGAACGGGAAACAGCCGCCCGCAUCUCCCAGGAGAUUGGAAACCUGAUGAAGGAGAUUGAGACGCUUGUGGAAGAGAAGACCAAGGAGUCGCUGGAUGUGAGCAGGCUGACCCGGGAAGGUGGCCCCCUGCUCUAUGAAGGCAUCCAUCUCACCAUGAACUCCAAAGUCCUGAACGGCUCCCAGCGGGUAGUGAUGGAUGGCGUGAUCUCUGACGAUGAGUGCCGGGAGCUGCAGAGGCUGACCAAUGCAGCAGCCACAUCAGGCGACGGCUACCGGGGCCAAACCUCCCCACACACCCCCAACGAGAAGUUCUAUGGCGUCACUGUCUUCAAAGCCCUCAAGCUGGGACAGGAAGGGAAAGUGCCCCUGCAGAGCGCCCACCUGUACUACAACGUGACGGAGAAAGUGCGGCGCGUCAUGGAGUCCUACUUCCGCCUGGACACCCCCCUCUACUUCUCCUACUCCCACCUGGUGUGCCGCACCGCCAUCGAAGAGUCACAGGCUGAGAGGAAGGACAGUAGCCACCCGGUCCACGUGGACAACUGCAUCCUGAACGCCGAGGCCCUCGUGUGCAUCAAGGAGCCCCCUGCCUACACCUUCCGGGACUACAGUGCCAUUCUGUACCUAAAUGGAGACUUCGAUGGAGGAAACUUUUAUUUCACUGAACUGGAUGCCAAGACCGUAACAGCCGAGGUGCAGCCCCAGUGCGGAAGGGCCGUGGGAUUUUCCUCGGGCACCGAAAACCCGCACGGAGUGAAGGCCGUCACCAGGGGGCAGCGCUGUGCCAUCGCCCUGUGGUUCACUUUGGACGCCAGACACAGCGAGCGGGACAGGGUCCAGGCCGAUGACCUGGUGAAGAUGCUCUUCAGCCCAGAGGAGAUGGACCUCCCCCAGGAGCAGCCCCAGGAAGCGCAGCAGGGGCCCCCCCAGGCCGCAGAGGAACCUGCCUCCGGCAGUGAGCCAGGGCCCAAGGACGAGCUCUGACCGUGCCCAGCUCCCCGUGGACUGGGGAUGAGACCCGCCGAGGGAAACUGGCCCGGGGCCUGGACCGGCUGGCUGUGGGGCCACAGAGCAGUGGGCACUUACCUCUGCUGCCCAGCGAGAGGGCCCUGCUCACAGCCGCCCGCACGGUGCUACUGCUCCUGGAGUGGACAUGGCAGGACGCCUGCUACCCUGGAUGUGGCUGAGGCUCAGGACGCGGGCUCAGAGCCACCACGGGUGCCUGCUCGGGCAGCCGCGUGGCAGUGAUACAGUAUUUAAGUGUCUGUGUAGACAACCAAAGAAUAAAUGACUCGUGUUUUUUUAC